CAUAUCACAUGUCAACAGCAGUGAAAAUAUUUUUUGGUUAAGUUACAGUGGAGUUUGUUAUUCAAUUAAAAUUUAAAUAAAACCCAAUCAAAAUGCCGUUCAUGAAAGGAAGAGCACCUAUUAGACGCACGCUAAACUAUUUAAACGCCGGUAAACUAGUAUUCAAAGAGAAAAUAAAGAUAUUCUCAGUGGCUUACAAUAUAUUCGGACAAAACAAUGCUGGUGCAAAGGAAUUCGUUUUCUGGUAUCUACCACAGAUUCAAUACAAGAACCCCAACGUGCAAGUGGCUACAUUAAAAAACCUUACACCUACACCAUUUAUAAGGUGUUAUUUAGAAGAUGGGAAGCAGAUAUUAGUUGAUAUAGACAAUAAGUCAAAAGAGGACAUUUUGGAGCACCUAAUGCGAACUGUAGGGAAAUCAAAGGAGGUAUUAGAAGCUGAGAAUAUUGCUGCGGAAAAGAAGGAUAACCCCGCUAACUUUGGAGCAGGUUGCGAAACCGCGUGUAUUUGUGAAAUUUUCGGCCAAGUUCCAUGCCCCGGUGUUGUAGUUUUACCUAAAAUAAUGCGCGGGAAGUUCAAAAAUGCUGAUUAGUUAAGUACAAAUUAGAAUUAGAUUGUAAAUAAAAUUGUUAAUAAAGUGAUAGUCAUUAAA